UUAUGACAUUUCAAUGUCUCAUUGGAGAUGAUCUUAGGGAGACACCGAUGCCCUGGUCAGGUAUCUAGACGGGGGAUUUUUCUGAAUGGCCUGCCGUUCGUCAGUCUAGCCCUCGUGGUCGUGGACCAUCAGAUCACCAACAUGAUUUCCCAAGUUAAUAUCGAGCCAUCUAUGGCCCGGAUUAAGCAUAUAGAUCUUCAGUUCCUUCCUCGUUCUUCAACCUCUGAAUAUGGAAAAUUAGAAGCUUCUGUCUUCUUCAGAUACAAAAUUAUCGCCGAAAAAGGAAACUACUGUUAAAUUACCCCAAGGAAGUAAAAUUCAAUUUUACCGGCAAAUCUAUCUCGUCAAUCAAGCUUAUAAAUCCUAAUUCACAUUAGUCAAAUCUGAUUCUCGUUCUGAAUUUGGCUCAUGAAUUAAGAUCUCUAGGGUUUCAGUGGAUCUUGAUGCUGUGAAGAAUUGUUUCUUUAGAGUUGUUUCAAGAUGAUGGUUGAAGAUCUUGGAAUUGAAGCUAAAGAAGCUGCUGUUCGCGAGGUUGCAAAAUUGUUACCUCUUCCUGAACUUUUAGCAUCAAUUUCAUCCAUCAAGUCGGAUUACAUUACUCGACAACAGGCAAAUGAUGCACAACUCAGUACAAUGGUUGCAGAGCAGGUUGAGCAAGCACGUGCUGGUCUAGAAGCACUUUCCUUAUCUCAGAAGACCAUAAACAAUCUCCGUGAGAACUUUGUUAACAUUGAGAAGCUGUGUCAAGAAUGUCAAACUCUAAUCGAAAAUCAUGAUAAGAUAAAGCUUCUCAGUAAUGCGAGGAACAACUUAAAUACAACUCUAAAGGAUGUCGAGGGUAUGAUGUCCAUUUCUGUUGAAGCAUCCGAAGCAAGGGACUCUUUGACCGAUGACAAAGAACUCAUUAACACAUACGAGAGGUUAACGGCACUUGAUGGAAAGAGAAGGUUUGCUCUAGCAGCUGCAGGAUCUCAUAAGGAAGAGGUUGGAAGGCUAAGUGUGUAUUUUGAAGAUGUCGAUCGGACUUGGGAAACGUUCGAGAAGACAUUGUGGGCCCAUAUUGGCAACUACUUCAAACUCGCUAAAGAAAGCCCGCAGACACUGGUCCGUGCUCUGAGGGUUGUGGAAAUGCAAGAAAUCCUCGAUCAGCAGCUUGCUGAGGAAGCAGCCGAGGCUGAAGGAGCUGACGCCAUGGCUACUGUCGCAAAUCCUCGCAGAACUGCCAAAAAGUCUACUAAUGCACUUGCUUCUUCAAGAAACCUGACCCAACAAAAGUUGAAGGCUCAAGGGAAAGGUUACAAGGAUAAGUGUUAUGAGCAAAUACGAAAAACAGUUGAGGGUCGGUUUAACAAACUGUUGACAGAGCUUGUUUUUGAGGACCUGAAAGCUGCUUUAGAGGAAGCUCGCACGAUUGGAGAAGAGCUUGGAGAUACUUAUGACUAUGUGGCUCCUUGUUUUCCUCCAAGAUACGAGAUUUUUCAACUUAUGGUUAAUCUUUACACUGAGAGGUUUAUUCAAAUGCUAAGGCUUCUUAGUGACAGGGCAAAUGAGCUAACGAACAUAGAAAUACUGAAGGUUACCGGUUGGGUGGUAGAAUACCAAGAUAAUCUAAUUGGGCUUGGUGUUGACGAUUCUUUAGCUCAAGUUUGUUCAGAAAGUGGCUCCAUGGACCCCCUUAUGAACUCAUAUGUUGAACGUAUGCAGGCUACAACUCGGAAAUGGUACACAAAUAUCUUGGAGGCUGAUAAGGUCCAACCACCAAAGAAAACAGAAGAUGGUAAACUCUAUACGCCAGCUGCCGUGGAUCUAUUUAGGAUUCUGGGGGAGCAAGUGCAGAUAGUGCGUGAUAAUAGUACAGAUCUUAUGCUAUAUCGAAUUGCAUUGGCUACUAUUCAGGUAAUGAUUGACUUUCAAGCGGCUGAAAGGCAUAGGCUUGAAGAACCAGCAUCUGACAUUGGUUUGGAACCCUUAUGUGCAAUGAUCAACAACAAUCUUCGCUGCUAUGAUCUAGCAAUGGAGCUUAGUAGCAGCACCAUUGAAGCUCUUCCACAAAACUAUGCCGAUCAGGUGAACUUUGAGGAUACUUGCAAAGGUUUUCUUGAGGUUGCAAAGGAAGCUGUGCGACAAACUGUUCGUGUUAUCUUUGAAGAUCCUGGUGUGCUGGAGUUACUUGCCAAGCUCUACCAGAAGGAGUGGUGCGAGGGAUUGGUUACGGAGUACCUAGUUGCAACAUUUGGCGAUUAUUUCUCAGAUGUCAAGAUGUAUAUUGAAGAAAGGUCAUUUAGGAGAUUCGUUGAAGCUUGUCUUGAAGAGACAGUGGUUGUUUAUGUUGACCAUCUUCUUACACAGAAAAACUACAUAAAGGAAGAGACAAUUGAGCGAAUGAGGCUAGAUGAGGAGGUUCUCAUGGACUUUUUUAGGGAAUAUAUCAACGUAGCAAAAGUCGAAAACAGGGUGGGUAUCUUGAGUGAUCUAAGGGAGCUUGCUUCAGCUGAGAGUCUGGACACCUUCACACUCAUCUACACGAACAUUCUUGAACAUCAUCCUGAUUGCCCUCCUGAGGUUGUAGAGAAGCUUGUUGCAUUGCGUGAGGGAAUACCACGAAAAGAUGCUAAGGAGGUUGUACAAGAGUGCAAGGAAAUUUAUGAGAAUUCAUUUGUUGAUGGUCAUCCUCCGAAGGCAGGGUUUGUGUUCCCUAAGGUCAAAUUUCUUCAGCACUCCAAGGGAUCCCUCUGGAGGAAGCUCACUUGAGUUCCUCUUUUUGCUAUUAGCGAAUGGAAAUGCAAUGGGUUUGAUCAUUUUGAAGCUAUUGCCUCCUAAAGUGAUUGUGUAUUUGUAUUAUUCUCUCAGUUCUUUUUUAUAUUGUUCAUUUUGCACUGUAUGAUUUUGAUAGAAAAAUCUGCUGGCCUCAUUCACAGAUUAUUUUACUAUUAUAACUUUUUUUUUAGUUGUAGA